AAGCCGUUACAAAAGAAUCACUGUUUGCACACUUUGUCAGAAAUGAGUUGAUGGUUACUAUGCAUUUGGAUAUAAACCUAGCCAUUAUGAAACUGUAAUUUGUGGUGUUAUAUUGCAUUAUAAUGUGCCAAUGGCAAUUCCAGCAUGUGUCAACAUUUAUGCAAUAGAGUAAUGCAGGGAAGGAUGCAAUGAAAGGAACACUUGAGCAAUGUAAUGUAAUCCAGUACAAAUACACCACAAACUAUGAUGUUUAGUCAACAGUGUAAUCAUCAUUAGUUUCCACAAGGUAAUUGUAUUAGGUUAUAUCAUACUAUACAGCCGUUCCUGUUCCUGUGUCCACCCUCUGUAUAUCUGCAUUAUGGAAACAGUUAACAUGUACUUUAAGAAAGAGAUUAAAAAUGAAAUAUAUCAUAAGCGUGCCACAACAGUCCUCAAAGAGCCGGCAGUCUUGUGAAGGACACAUCUGUCUGUUCCCUCCAGCUGAUGAACUGACAACUUCCUCCUUUCUUCAGCAAGGAGGGGCCUCAAAUCCUCUAAAAAGAGUGGAAAACUGUCAAAAAGUGCUGACCCUCAGUGAGCAUUACACUGAAGAUGAAGUUUUCAUUUGUCUUGUUUCUUUUAUUAGAUAUCCCUCAUCUAAAAGGGCAGCAGAGGAUUGAGGAGUUCGAACACAUUCUGCUGAGACUCGCCUUUCCUUCGUUUUACAAUAGUUACAACAAGUCCUGCUGUAAACUCUAUCCAGGAGGAUGUUACAAGCUGCUGGACAGUGCAGGAUACACCUGUGAUUUACUGGAGGGAAGAGUUACAAAAACUGAGAAGGACGGCUGGAUAGAAUUUAAAAUAUCGGAUGUGCGGUUUGUGGACGGAGGCUAUUACAGAUGUAUUGUGCUGGGGACUCAAAAUCGCAUCUACAGAGAUUACUAUUUCGAGGUGUCUGAGGUUUCAGAUCACCAUAGCAAGGCUCAGCCUUCACUGGCAACAACCAUCAAAGCCCCCAACACCUCCACAACAUUCCCAGACUCCACUUGGCCUGUUCUGGCACAGGACCACAGUGACAGUCCCAGGUAUUCAGGAGUUCCCUGGAGUUUUGGCCUGCCACUAGCGGUCAUUGUGUCGAUUGCAGUGAUGAUUUUGAUCACUUCAGUUAUUGGUGUAGUUUGCUGCAGAGUCAAGGCAAAAUGUAAACAGUCAGACAAAUAUGGAGAAACACUGUGUGAGUCACUGAAACAGGAGGCUCCGGAAAUGAGUAGCAUAGUCUACACAACAGUGGACUUCAGAGCUCACCAGAAACCAACAGAGGUGCAUGCAAACCUGAGGCUGCACGAAACACAAGCGGGAGCCCCCGACUCGACCUGGAGCUCAGAGCAUGAUGGGAUGGUGGAGUAUUCCACACUGGCAAUCCACCAGUGAAUUCAUGUGAAAGCUUAGUUCCUGAUUUGAAUGGGGCCCAUUUUAUUUGUUACACCACUGUGUUUUUAAGGGAACUCCAUUGAUUUUACACAUACAUGUCAGUGUACUAGGUUAGUACUACUCAGCCUGUGUAGAGUUUGAAAGACAUUUACUAGGCAGGGAGGAUCUAACAAAAAGAUACAUUUGGUUGCAUUACUGGAAAUGUACAAUCCAAUAUUUUUGGAGCUUGACCCAUAUUAGGGACUAAAAAUCAUGAUAUCUUGGAUUCUGCUGCUUCGGCUUUAACUAUUCUUUCGUCUGUUGUGACUCCCUCAACUUUAUGGAAGUGCAAUAUUAAAUCACUGAACUACCCUUUUAAGUGUAUAUAUCAUGUGUUGUUUGGGAAAAUGAUAAAUUACAUAAAAAUGAAAUGAUUAUGGCAUUAAAGAAAUGAAACAGAUUAUGUGAAAUGAACACAUAAUCUAUUAAACAAAACAUCAGUGUUUGCUCCCAUGUGUUUUUUUCUGAGUCCUUUUCAACACUGUGGUCCUUUUCACAGGUUGAGAUAGCAGCAGAGUUGUCAGAUCAUGUCAUCAGGUUAUCUUUUGUUAUAUCAAUGUUUGUCCUUAUCAGUUUCUUCUCGAUUACAACCUCAGAGGAGACCUGGCCUGCCGCUAUUCUGGGAGCCGCUCGAUAUUCUAUUCAUGGCCUGUACUUCCUUUACACAAAAAAGCUGGUGGCAAUCCUUUUUGUAUCCUCUAUAAAAGGUCAAGUUUCUCUUAUGAGCGAAUGAAUGAACAGACUGGACAGAUUCUUAUUCCUGUGACAUUUCAGUGCAAUACUGUAACACAAAACUAACACAACUAAAGAUUUUUCUAAAGACAUUUUUGCUGCACUGAUACU